GAUUCACUCCCCAAAAGUGGUUAAUUAUACACAUCUACCCCAAAAAGGUCCUAUCACUGCCUCCCCACCUCUAAACACCCCGCUAUCGAUAACUAUCAAGCAACUAAAAUCAAGCAACGAAAAUCAACUGCUUCGUACAAAGCCAACCCAACAACAACAUCAUCCUAUUGUACAUUCCCACAAAUUCCGUCAAAAUGACUACCACAUCAAUGGUUCAGCCAAAAUUCUUAUCAAAGGCCGAUCAACUUGGUGUCGUCGCGGUUGGAUUCUCCGGUGGACAAUGUAAACCAGGAGUUGAUGCCGCACCUUCAGCACUCAUCAAAAGUGGUCUUCUGGAUCAACUCGAAGAGGAACUAGGAUACAAACUUCACCAUGAUAACACUGUUCAUUCUUACAAGGAAUUGAUUCCUUCUGAGGAUCCAGAUCACCGAAACAUGAAGAACCCUCGUGGAGUCUCUGCAGUCACACAAAAGCUUUCUGAACAAGUUUACGAACAUGCCAAGGAGGGUCGUUGUGUCUUGACUCUCGGUGGUGAUCAUUCUAUUGCCAUUGGUUCGGUAUCUGGAACCGCGAGAGCAAUCCGCGAACGUUUAGGAAGAGAAAUGGCAUUGAUCUGGGUUGAUGCACAUGCCGAUAUCAACACCCCAGAAACUUCAGGGUCUGGAAAUGUCCACGGUAUGCCCGUUGCAUUUUUAACGCGUCUCGCACAAGAAGACAAGCCAGAAAUCUUUGGAUGGCUGAAGGAUGAGCAUAUGGUCAGCGUAAAGAAGAUUGUUUACAUCGGGUUGAGAGAUGUUGAUAGAGGAGAGAAGAAGAUUCUCCGUGAUAAUGGAAUUAAGGCAUUCAGUAUGCAUGACAUUGAUAGACAUGGUAUUGGCAGAGUUAUGGAAAUGGCCCUCGGUCAUAUCGGUAACGAUACCCCAAUCCAUCUUUCCUUCGAUGUCGACGCUCUUGAUCCUACAUACGCUCCCUCAACUGGUACACCGGUUCGUGGAGGUUUGACCUUGCGAGAAGGUGAUUAUAUUGCUGAGUGCGUUCACGAGACUGGUUCUUUGAUCGCUAUGGAUUUGGUAGAAGUCAACCCUACACUUGAACCUGGUGUCAAUGAUAUUGGAGCACACGAAACUGUUAGAGCUGGAUGCUCUUUGGUUAGAUGCGCUUUGGGUGAGAGCUUGCUAUAGAGUGGCGUUUCAGAUAUUGGGAAUAGAUACUUGAAGAGACAUUUGAAAGAAUAUACCCUUAGAUCGAGGUUGGCUAUUUAUACUUUUGGUAUUGGAUUCCUUGGAUGGCCCUAAGAGAACGGGACUUGAUCUUUCAUUUACGGUGAUACUUCGCAGCUCAGAAGGAUAGAGGGGCUGGUGGAUCAAUUUACUUUCACAUGCUUAAGAAACAAAGAUAGAUAUACAAAUCAUCGACGAAAUCAAUACAAAAACA